CUGUGUCAGGAGGUGGUCUCUUUGGCCUGCCUAUAUAUUUGCCCACUUGACACUUCAUAGACAAGCUCCAAGGUGUGGUUGGUGUCUGGAUUUUCUCGAUGACUCUUUACUGGCUGCCUUCAUGCAGAGAAGAAAUCAAACACAAACUAGAACUCUGUCCUCUGGUCUCCUCGUUUGGAUCUUAAAUGACUGGAGACACACAAGGCAGAAGAUGAUCUGCAGCAUCCUGCUGCUCAUCAUCCUGACCUCCUGUGUCUCUGGAACAUUUGUAGUGAAUGUGACCCAGACCUCCUAUCAGGCAGAGGAGAACCACGACAUCACACUGGAGUGGACCUUCACAACCAACCCUCACACUUCCUCCAACUCUCCAUAUAUAUUCUGUGAACUGAUAACUGAUCUCAAGAAUCAAACCCUGUUUUGUCUCAAUGAAGGAGUUGAGUCGCAGGAUAAACAGUUUACAGGACGAGUCCAGUGGGACAAAGACGUCCUCAGAGAAGGACGACUCAGACUUCAUGUGUCCAGACUCAGGACUGAAGACUCGGGACUGUACCUGUGUGAUGUGUUAACAAGUUAUGGGAGGAACUCUGGUAGAUGUCUGCUCAAUGUCACUGCAGAUGCUGAUGAGCCAAAACCUCAGAGACCAGAACCCAAGAGUCUGGAAAACAUCAGGAUCCUCUACGCUGGACUGGCAGUACUGACAGCAGCAGUUCUAUUGAUUAUCUGUCUUUGUUUUAAAUGUAAUAAUAAGAAAAGAAACAUAUAAUCAGAUGUCGAGUUUAUCAGAGAAACGAGCCAUCAGGACUAACAGUCUAACUCAGUCUGGAGGACCCUCUUUAAAUGAACCAUCAGAGCAUAAAGUCACAGUCAUAAAAACUAAAUCAGACUCCUAGAGUCUCUCCUCUGUCUGUGAUAUACAAUGUUGUGUUGUAUCUUAAUAGUUUAACUGAUGUUCAUGUUACUACAGGUUUGAGUUUGUAUGAAGUUGACAUGUUACAUAAUGUUUUGUCUUCUUCUAGUUGUGUAAUUACUUGCAUCAAUAUAUUAUGUGAUAUGUUAUUUCUAAUGUUCUCUCUAUUGUUACCUGUCUAGACACUACUGAUGUAAAUUAUCAUUAAUGCUAACUCCAGCAUGUUUACAUCUUGAUGUUCAUUAACGAGCUCUGUCCAUGUUCAGUUACUGAAUGAAUUUAAAUUAAGUUAUUACAGCAGGAAUGACUAAUGUCAGUGUUAAUAAUGCUUUCAUUGAGUGAAGGGUUUUGCAGCUUUUCAGUAAUCAAGGAAUGAAACUUGCAUCUGAGAUAUGAUUUGAUGUUUUACUACAACAGAAAAAGGAAAUGAAGUGAAUCCAAUUUGGUAAAUUACAGCAAAUAAAUAAGCACACAGAACAAUA